AUGCGUAGCUAUCGUAAUCAACCGUCAGACAAUGACCCGAUACUCAAAACGAAAUCUGGAGUUUCGCCAGAGGAUCCUCCGGUGUCGUUUACUGGUCUAUUCCGCUAUGCAGAUGGCAAAGACACCACCUGCGUCGUGUUUGGGAUAAUAUUGUUUGCAGCAGUUGGCCUAUCACUUCCUUUGAAUACAUACUUUUUCAGGGACGAAAUAAACAAAUUCUUAUUGCCAACGUUUACGGAAAAUGCUGCACAGACAAUUGUAAUCCAGUUCUCUUGUCUUGGAGCGGCCGUCUUCGUGGUCGCUUUUGCGGCAUCUGCUCUACUAGACAUAUCCUCCAAACGUCAGUUGCAUCGCAUUCGGUUGAAAUAUUUCAAGGCUGUCCUUAGACAGGAUAUACCUUGGUUCGAUGAGAGGUCCUCGGGAGAACUCAUCGGUAAAUUGUCGGAUUGUAUAGACACAAUAGAGUUGGGAAUCGGGAAGAAAAUUGGGGAGUUCUUCCAAAAUAUAACCGGCUUUUUGGCCGGUAUAAUUAUCGCAUUUUACGUCGGCUGGAAACUGACACUUGUGGCCUGUUGUACGCUACCAGUCGUUGCCGCUGUCUUCAUUGCAUUUGCUUUUGUAAUGAAGAUCUUUACGAGAAAAGAAAUAUUAGCAUAUGCCAGAGCAGGUUCCAUUUCCGGAGAGGUUUUCACUGCAGUUCGCACAAUCGUGGCCUUUGGUGGAGAGAAAAAGGAACUUGAUCGGUAUACGCAAGAACUAAGCAAAGCAGAAAAAGUAGGAAUUCAAAAAUCGUUGGCGGUUGGUGGUGUUGAUGGCUGUAUCGGUCUCUCAGUUUAUUCUGCCGCUGCCCUGAUAUUUUGGUAUGGUUUCAGACUCAUAGACACAGAAGGAUAUGAUGCAGGAUCUGUGGUUUUGGUUUUCAUAAACAUUCUUCUGGGCAGUAUUUUUCUGGGCAAUGCCCUUCCAUCAAUGCAAUAUUUCUUGAGUGCCAAAACAGCUGCGCAAAACAUUUACGGAACGAUUGAACGAGUGCCCCCGAUCGACAAAGAUGGCGAAGGAGUCAUUCUGAAUAACUUUCAUGGCAACAUUCAAUUCCAAAAUGUAUCAUUUGUUUAUCCCACUCGUCCGGAAGUGAAGAUUUUAGAGAACUUCAAUUUGACAUUAAAAAGUGGACAAACAGUCGCAUUGGUCGGACCAAGUGGUUCCGGAAAAAGCACCAUUGUGCACAUGCUCCAGCGUUAUUACGACGCAGCUGCGGGAAAUAUCUUGAUUGAGGGCACAGACAUUUGUGAACUGGAUCUGAAAGCCUAUCGAGCACAGAUUGGCUGUGUGCAACAGGAACCAAUACUUUUCGAGGGAACCAUUGCUGAUAACAUUCGAAUGGGCAAACUGGAUGCAACUGAGGAAGAAAUAGAAGAAGCGGCAAAAAAAGCGAAUGCACACGAAUUCAUUUCAAACUUGCCGGAGGUAGUCCUUGUUAUUGCUUGA